GCGGCCGCGGCCCGGGCCUCCCGGAGCCGAGGCGGCGCGGCCAUGGCGCUCGCCAACUCCGACGCGGAGUCCUCCCAGGGCGCCAGGCCUCGCUUCCAGCGGCUGGGGCGCGGCGGGGGGCGCCGCCACCAGCGCCAGCGCUUCAGCUUCGAGGCCGCGCUGCAGGGGGCGCUGGACGGAGGCCUCAGCAGCGGGGACGAGCCUCCCGUGCCGAGGGCGCGCCCGCGGACGGCCUCGGAGGCCUCCGGCGCGGAGGCUGCUGCCGCGGGCGGGGGUGCGGACUUCGUUGUGCACGCCAGGCCGUCGAAGCCCAGGGCGGAGAAGCGGCCGAAGAGGGGCAAGGCGGACGGCGUGGACCAGGGCCGCUCCCGGAAGCGCAGGGCGGAAGAGGAGGCGCCGGCCGCCGCAGAGCUCUCCUGCCGGGGGGGGGGCGCCCGCGAGGGCCUGCGGGAGGAGAGCUUCGGGGCCCAGCUGCAGCGGGCCGUCGGCACGGGCGCGGCGGGCGGCGCGGGCAGCGCCGCGGGAGGGGAGCCGCCAGGCGCAGGGCGAGGCCGGCGCGCACCCGCGUCUUGGACGGCGGCACGCCGGAGAAGGAGCCCGAGAAGCGGACGGGCGACGCCGUGCGGUUCCACCUCCGUGGGGCGGCCGGAGGCAAGGGCGGCGGCAGGGCAAGGGGCGGAGCGGACGACGAGUCGGGCUCGGAGGCGGAGCCAGACGAGGAGGAGGUGCGGGCGUGGAGGGAGAGAUUGGCUAAGAGAGCCGACCCUGAAGCCGGUGGCAUCAGGACGGCCUUCUCGAUCAAGGUGUGCGACCCCCGCGCGAUCCGCAAGCUCGACGUGGAGUGCUUCCUGGGCGACCGCGGCGUGCAUGAGGGCGGCAAGCUUCUCUGCGACGACGAGGGCAAGGUCAACCUGCACUUCCUCCUUGGCACAUACUCCGAGGUCCUGCGGGCUCGCAAGCGGCGCCUCAAGGGCGAGUCUAUCGCGGAUGCCGGUGUCGGCGCAGACGCCCGAAAACACUUGAGGUGGCUUGUGAGGGUGGCGCGAGAGGAGCGUCUCAUCAACGACCUCGAACUGAAGAGAGGCCGCAUUGCGCUCCGGAGGCUGGAGAGGGUACAGAAAAGCGGCCACUAUUCCCUCGAGCUGGAAGCGAACCUGGCCGACGACUCUGGAGCCGAGCAGAACGCGGACGCAGCCGUACAGGAUGGGCCGAGCUUCCUGGAUGUCAAAUUCCCGGAGCGCCAGGGCGCCUCCAUGCGGAACACAAGUAGCCUCAGGCGGGAUCUCGGGUCCCAAAUCGCGGUGCGCCAGGCUGAGAUCCAUACAAAGGCUAGCCACGACAUGGACCUAGACAAGGCUCGCAGCUUUCUGACUGCACCCAAGCUCUCGUUCGACUGGGAGGAUACGGCGUUCGAUGAUCAGGACGACGGUGGGCUGGACGUCGUCGCAGACCAGACGGCCACCAAGGGCGACUCGAAGCGCGACCUCUUCAGGGACGUCAUGCGUCGCUCCGUGUCCUUCCACCAGGCCAAGAACCUGUCGACGGGCCUGCCCAUGCGGUCGUCCAGCUCACAGAACCUGAACGUCGCUGCCGAGGCUGCUGCCCGCGCAUCAGGAUCAGAGUGCCUGCAGCCGAAGGCGCCGGCGCCACCAGUGCCGCCAGUCCAGGCUGACGAGCCUUCGGAGGAGCCUGCGGCAAGCACCCGGGCAGCCGCGCCUGCCGUUCAGGCGCGGGUGGAGGGCACGCCCACUGGAACGCUGGCCGCGGGAGCGCCUGAGGCUGCAGACGCCGUGCAGGCGUGUGAGGAAGCAUUACCCGACGCUGUGCAAGCCGCACUGUCGCCCAGGGAGGCCGCGCCCAGCGUCAGGGAAGCGGCACGGGCCGCGUUGGCCGCGCCAGCCCCCCAGGAGGUCGCACGCAGCGCUGCGCCGUCUGCUCGUGCGCCCGACGCGGCCGCGCCCAGCGCCAGGGAGGCCGCGCCUCCGCGAGAGGAGUUGCCAGAGCUGGGGGCAGGCGGUCCCGGCGUGACGCUGGGACCUGAGCCGCCCAAGGUGGAGGUCCAGCUCCAUGAUCUGCUCGGAGGCAGCCACCCCGACGGCGAAGGGCCGCACGCCAGCCUGGGCUUCGCCGCCUGCCCCGACGGGGCCGAGACCCAGCCGCCGGCCGACGAGGUGAGCCCAACCGCCAUGUGGGGGGCUGCGGCCAUACGAGAGCACUCUCGCAGUCAGUGGGCAGAGAUCAAUCCUACUGUGCCGUUCGCGGCGCAUGCUCUGCCUGCCGUCGCCAGGAUGGACUGCGAGAUCAGCCCCACGGCGCCGCUCUCGCCCGUGGAUGCCGCCGCCCUGUCCCUGCCGCCCCUCGAGAUCUCCCCGACCGCGCCCUUCGUGCCCCAGGAGGUCCCCGCCGCGGAGUGCGGCGACCGCCUUCGGAUCAGCCCGACCGUGCCCUUCGUGCCCCGGGGCGCCGCCGACCCGCUCGAGCCCUCCCCGACCGCGCCGCCCUCCGUGCCGCGGGGUGCCCCUCCGGCUGCCGCCCCUGCGGAGCCGCCUGCGCCGGAGGCCCGGCUGCCGUGGCUCGGCGGCGGCGCGCCCGGCCGGGAGGGCUCCUCUGCGGAGCGCUGGGCUGCAGGGGCCCGGCCGAGCAGGGCCCAGCGCGGCCUGCAGCGCGGGGCCGCGGCCGAGUCGGAGGGCAGCGUGGACCCUGGCGCCGCGGGCGCUCUCGCCGGCGGCGGCCUCGAGGGCGGGCUCGGGGGGGCUCCGGAGUCGGAGCUCGACAGGCGGCGCCGCCAGCAGGAGCGCGAGUGGCUGCUCCACCGGCGGAAGAGGCAGCGGGAGGAGGGGCGCCUCGCGAAGCGCAGGCGGGCGGAGGCGGGCGCGAGGCGUCGCGCCGAGCAGCAGGGCCUCGGCGCAGCGCUGAGCCCCGAGGAGCGCGAGGCGUUCCUGGCGCUGCAGGCUGGCGCGCCCUCUCGGUGGCCCCUCGAAGACGACGGCGACGCUGCGGGCGCCGGGCUGCUCGGAGGGGCGCGGCCCAGGCGGCGCCCGCGGGGCUGCUUCCUCACCGGCGCCACGCCGCUGCCCGCCUGCUAG